AUGCCGCCUUCUGCAGCCCCCAGACGACCGGGCCGUGCGGCCAACGAUGAGGUCCCGGCAUCCUCUCCCGCCAACUCUUCCGGCUCCGAGUCCGAAUCCGACUACCUCGACAGUCCCGCCUCGCGCAAGAGACGGAGGACCGACCCCACUGCCGAGCCCGAUCUCGAAGAUAUCGAGAACGAUGAUGAAGACGAGGAGGAGGAACUCAAGGCUGUCGUGUCUACCAUACAAGCCCCCUCGAGAUUCAAACGCGCCGCCGCCGCUGUCGACCAAGCUCCCCAGACCUCACGCCCAGCAGCGCCGUCGCAAAACGCAAUCACUGCGCCAACAGACCCCAACACCACCUUCUCCGCCAUCAACGUUCGGCCAUGGCUCGUACAGUCCCUGGCCAACAUGGCAAUCAAGAGACCGACGGGCAUUCAAAAGGGCUGCAUACCAGAGAUCCUCAAGGGGCGGGACUGCAUCGGCGGAAGCAGGACGGGUUCCGGUAAAACGGUCGCCUUUGCCGUGCCCAUCCUCCAGAAAUGGGCCGAGGAUCCCACCGCCAUCUUCGGCGUCGUCCUGACGCCCACCCGCGAGCUCGCCCUGCAGAUAUUCGAGCAGUUCAAGGCCAUCUCCUCCCCGCAGAGCCUCAAGAUCAUCCUUGUCACCGGCGGCUCCGACAUGCGGUCCCAGGCCAUCGCCCUCGCGCAACGUCCCCACGUCGUCAUCGCCACGCCCGGUCGUCUGGCCGACCACAUCCGCACCUCGGGCGAGGACACCAUCUGCGGCCUCCGCCGCGUCAAAUACGUCGUCCUCGACGAGGCCGACCGCCUCCUCGACGGCACCGGCCCGGGCAGCAUGAUCCCCGACGUGGAAGAGUGCCUCUCCGUCCUCCCGCCCUCCUCGAAGCGCCAGACUCUAUUGUUCACUGCCACAAUCACCCCAGAAGUCCGCGCCCUCAAAGACAUGCCUCUGAAGCCCGGCAAACAGCCCGUCUUCGUCUGCGAGGUCGACACCCAGGCCCUCGCCAUCCCCGCCACGCUCUCGCAGAUGCACCUCCAGGUGCCCGUCACCCACCGCGAGCACUACCUGCACACUUUCCUCCUGACGGACGGCAACGAGGAGAAAUCCGUCAUCAUCUUCUGCAACCGCACAAAGACGGCAGAUUACCUGCACCACCUGCUGCGCAUGCUCGACCACCGCGUCACCUCGCUGCACUCGGCCCUCCCGCAGCGCCAGCGCGUCGACAACCUGGGUCGCUUCCGCGCCGCGGCGGCGCGCAUCCUCGUCGCGACGGACGUUGCGUCUAGAGGUCUGGAUAUCCCCGAGGUCGGGCUCGUCGUCAACUACGACAUUCCGCGGAACCCGGACGAUUAUAUCCACAGGGUGGGUCGUACGGCGCGUGCGGGGCGUAAAGGCGAGGCGGUGACGUUUGUCGGGCAGAGGGACGUUGAGCUCGUGUUGGCGAUAGAGGCGCGUGUGGGUAGGGAGAUGGAGGCGUGGAAGGAGGAAGGGGUGAAUCUGGAGACGAGGGUGCUGCGGGACGCGCUCAAGAUUGUGAGCGAGAAGAAGAGGGAGGCGUUGUUGGAGCUCGAGGAGGGGAGGGAGGUUGGUGGCAAGAGGAAGAGGACAAAGCAGAAGCUCAAUGCGUGA